CAAGAAAGAGCAGACGAAAUAAAAACCGCUAAGUUUUCAAUCUCGUGAUAUUUAGUUUUUGGCUAAAAAAUUGCACAAUUUUCGAUAAAAGACUUAUUUUAUAUUACUACGCGAGCAGAACUGAGUUCUGAAAUCACAUUUUCUUUUCAAUCGGCCGGAGGUUGAUUUCUGUUAAGGUAGGUUGGUUAUCAUAACCUUCAUUUUUGUUUUGCGUAAACAUCUUGGGGCUUUGUUUUCAAAUUCGCCGAUACCGACUUUCGUGGUGUAUCCUGUUCCUAUAGUGAUCCAGUUCCUUUUAAAGCAGAACAUAAGAACAAUGAAGUCCCCUUUGCCAGUGCCGGAGUUUCUGGAAGAAAGCAACCUUUCACUAUCGUUCAAAGAUCCCUACCGAAGAAACCGAAUUCAGCGGCCGCCAAAACCGCCGAAAUUAUAUCCCAAAUUCGACAACAGUUUUAGUCGGACUAGCAAUGGUUCCCUGUCGGCUCAUGCGAUCUCGUUUAAGAGCAACCGUUCGGAGCUCAGCUCGCUGUACCAGCGGGACAAACGAGAGUCCUACUACGAGCAGUGCUUCGAGCAGAUUAUUAAAGUCGGUGAAGGUUCAUUCGGGGAAGUGUUCAAAGUGAAGAGUAAGCUUGAUGGCUGCUUCUAUGCGGUCAAAAAGUCGAAGGAGUAUUUCCGAGGUGAGAAUUAUAGGCACGAGCGGUUGGAGGAAGUUCGUCGGUACGAACAAUUUAGUGAGCACGAAAACUGCGUUAAACUGUAUCAGGCAUGGGAGCAGGAAGAUCGGCUGUAUAUGCAAAUGGAGCUGUGUAAAGGAAGUUUAGAAGACUACGCCCGGGAACAGCGUUUUAUUCCGGAAGACAAAAUAUGGUCUAUACUGUUGGAUCUGUUACUGGGUUUGAAAAGCUUGCACGAUCGAAACCUAAUUCAUCUGGAUAUAAAACUGGACAACAUUUUGAUCACGGAUGACGGAGUGUGUAAACUAGCCGAUUUUGGGCUUGUGUUUGAUUUAACCAACCGGAACUCGAAUCACGCAACCGAGGGUGACUCUCGGUACAUUGCGCCCGAGCUGAUGGAAGGCCGUUACACGAAAGCGGUAGAUAUUUUUAGCCUUGGAAUCGCAAUAUUGGAGUUAUCCUGCAAUCUCGAACUGCCUCCGAAUGGACCGCUUUGGCAAAAUUUACGAAAUGGUGUUCUACCAACAGAGCUUCUAUGUCGUUUAUCUACUGAACUGCAGGGCGUAGUUCGGUGGAUGAUGUGUCCUAUGCCAGAGUCUCGUCCUUCUGUCGAUACACUGCUUCAGUUUCCGAGGAUAGUCGCUUUACACCGCGAGAGACGACGGUGGCGCUUGGUUCGCGGGGUACAAUCCUAUUUGCAUCGCAAACUGUGCAAUCUGAGAUGCUUGCUGACCAGUUUGGUGAUUUCCGUUGUUAGUUGUUUACGUUUGAAUCACGCAAAACCGCCGAUACACGGUGUCGGACAAAAAGCGAACCGCAACAGUCACAACCGCAGCUAUAGCAAUGGUAUCAAUAAUAGUAGUGUGCGAACGUGCCUGAUGAAGGAUUUCGACGACGAGUUGGACGAUGAUUUGCUUACGUCUACCGGCGAGCUGGAUGUUUCAACAGGUAGCGGGGGAACUGGAAUGCAGAUUACACCUACACUGAACAACACCGUGCCAACGCACACACCAACAGCGAGGAUGAUGAAUUCGACGCCGCUUAACCAUAGCCACGCGGGGCUUCGUUUGAGAUUUAGAAAUAACGCUAUCGACACACCACCCGGGAAUGGAAGCUUUGAAUCGGCUGACGAGGACCUUUCCUUUGCGAUAGAUUCCAACCACAGCCACGGGACGGAGGAGUCGCUGCGCUCGCGUCACUCGUUGAUCAAUCACACAUCGCCCGGCAUUAACGAGUCUUCUUUUCUAACGAAGAAGAAACUUUUCUUCAAGUCGGACGACUCAGACUGACCGUGUAGCGCAGGUGGUUCGUACUUCAUUCAGCAGCAGGUUAUCGUUUUCCGGCUUCCAAACUGCCGCUACCAGCUGGAAUUGGUAAUGGCAAGCACCCGCACAAUUGGUUCCUUCGAUCUGAUAGCCAACCGGACCCUACUCAGGAAGGUUUCGUUAGUUAAUCCGUUCAUCGAUACGAGUACGUACUUGCGAUACGCAUAUAUAACAUUUCCAGGCGCGGACAGGUGAUCUAUUUAGCUUUCAGCCAGUUUACUACUGAAUAUAAUAUUAGGUAACUGUAGCACUAGCAGAAGAGUAAACACACACUAAAAAUACUUGUGAUAUCUGAGGAGACGAAAGUGAAGAAAUUCUGAAAGGUUUGUUUAGUUUUGACGUGUGAAAGAUUUGGGAUUUAGUUUCGGUUUGAUAUGUAAUUUUAAAUGCUGUCAUUGUUCGUUUGUCAUGUUUUGUUCCGAUUAAAUAGUGUUUAUUCAAAAUUGAAUAAAAUUAGAUAAUUGAAUUCGAUUCCUUAGUAAUAUAAUUAGAACGCAUGGUAAAAUAAUACAUUUUACGGUGUAGUGAGUGUUGAAAAUAACAGAUAUAUAAUAUCAUGCUUUAGCCAGCAUUUCUCUGAAAUUA